AUGGGAAGGUUGGAAGAGAGCAGUGAGAUGAUGGUCGACGCACCAGAGGAUACAAACGCCCCAAAGGACGUUGAAGAAGAGCCACCUCCGGAUCAUUCUGACCCUGUGCUUCCGAAUGAGGAACCCAAAAAUAAUAGUAAUAAGAAAGUAGGGCAGGAGAGCGUUGAGAGGAAUGAAGGAACGAGCCAUACCAUCAAGCGCACCAAGCCCUACCCGUAUAGAGGAGAGCCUAAGAGGCAGAAGGAGGACCCCACCGAUUUCCUUGAGAUUUUCAAAAAGCUUGAGAUUAAUCUUCCUUUCUUGGAAGCACUCAAGUUGCCACCCUUCAGUAGGUUUAUUAAAGAUUUCAUAGCUGGAAAGGCAAAGGCUGAUGGGAAGAUUGUGAUCGGGGAAAGCGUAUCAGCUGUGAUCCAGAAGAUACUUCCUUCGAAGAGGACUGAUCCUAGGAUGUUUACGUUACCCAUAGUCAUUGGGAACAUCAAUAUUGAGCAUGCGAUGUGUGAUCUGGGAGCCACAAUUAACGUAUUACCGUUCUCGGUCUACAAGAAACUGACAGGGGUUAGGUUAGUGGAAACCAAGGUAGUCAUUCAGCGGGCUGACCGCUCGUGUAUUAACCCUGAAGGAGUUCUGGAGAAUGUGAUCGUAAGGGUACACAAUUUUCUAUAUCCGGCAGACUUCCACAUGAUCAGAAUGAAUGAGUCAGAAACAGGGGAGUCGAGUGGAGUUCUAUUGGGCAGACCAUUCUUGAGGACAGCAAAGCCUAUUAUUGAUGUCUGUGAUGGCACGAUAUGUCUUGAUUACCAUGGCGAGAAGUUUACAUUUAACAUCAACGAAGUCAUGAAGAAACCGUUAGAUACGGAGAAUCGAAACUCCCUCGAUGUGAUCACGCCUUUGGUCCAUGAGUUUCUAGAAACUGAACUCUUGAAAGAGCAGCUUGAGUCUUCCGAGAUAGAUGAUGUUAUGGAAAGGGAGGUUGCGAACUGGUGCGAAACAUUAGCCACGCAGGAGAUGACUGAUGAAGAAAUUAACAUGGCUAUCAUGGGAUUCUGCAACAGGACAGACACUACCGGAUCAGGUGGCUCUGCUCAACUGAACAGUUUAAAAAGAGUGCGCAGCCUUGAAAAGUUGCCCGACUUGGGAAAACUUACAGAAAAAUUUAUGGAGAAAAAUCCGCUGCCACAAGAAGGAAUCACACCAAAAAAAGAGUUGAAGAAUUUACCCUCAGGUUUGAAGUACGUCUAUCUGGGAGAUAACGAGACAUUCUCUGUAAUUAUCAACAGCCGACUGACUAAGGAUCAAGAAGAAGGGCUGCUGGGAGUGUUAAGGAGGAAUCAAAAAGCCAUAGGCUGGACACUGUCAAAUUUGGUGGGGAUCAGCCCCAGACAUGUGUAUGCACCACAUUCGCCUUGA